GUUGAAAGAUCCAAAUAACCCAGAGGAUCAUAAUGAGCAAAGCGGACAGAUGUCCUCUCAAUGUCUGGUUCAAGAUUUGGUUCAAGAGGAGCAGAUUCAGGAUUGCGCGGAAAGAGAGUCCAACCUGACCUCUGCUACAACCAAUCAGGAAGAAGUUGAGGAGUCAGGAGGUGGGGUCCCAGCAUUGGUCGUCACUGAGGCAGAGGAGUCCCGUCGAGUGACGCCUGCUGCAGUAGCAGCUUCUCGGAGAGCUCAGAGACCUGCAGACCUGGUCAUCAGCUCCCCCAGCUUUGGCGGUGACGGAGCAGACAUGAACUGCUGCGACCUGCUGUCUCCCAGGAGCGACUCCUUCUCUGUGACCAGCGACUCCAGGAGGAGUGAAGACGACACAAGCAGCGUGGCUGCGUCGUCUGUCAUGUCUCUGUUCCACAGGGUGCAGCUGGACCCUCUGGAGAAGGACUGGCUGAGGAGCUCGGCUCUGGGGAACACGGCCGCUCAGCGAAUCCUGCUCACUCAGGAGCCCGGCCUCAUUCUAAAAAAGGACUUCAUCUCUACGGCGCUUCACUGGGCAGCCAAACAGGGCCGCAGAGACGCCGUGGACAUGAUGCUUCGCUCCGGCGCCGAUGUCAACGUCAGAUCGGGUUACACGGCUCUUCAUUUGGCCUCCAUCCAUGGACACGAGGACAUGGUCCGAACUCUGAUCAGCAGCUACAACGCAAAAACUAACAUUCGAGAUUAUCACGGAAAGAUGGCCGUUCAUUACUGGAAGGGCUCCACCGACGUCUUCAACCAGUCCGACCUUCAGCCAGAUGGGAGCUUCUGUCGAGCUCGCCGUAUGCAGCGAUUUGCUCUUCCCUCUUUCCGGCUGUCACGCUCUCGCAGUCACGGACAGCUCCACCUGGAGUUUAGGACUCUGCCUCAGACUGCAUCUCACGAUGCACUGGACCUCCAUGUGUAACGUCCACCAUCCUGCUGACGGAUCUACCAAUCUGCCUGAUAAAACAGGAGUUUGUAGUGAUCACACUGAACCCUUUAGAUCUUGAAAAUCUGAAAGGAAGUCUGAAGUGGGAGGACCACACGGCCUACCGACUUAUAACUUACUCAAUCAAUCAGUGUAUUAUUUGUAGAGCACUUAUAAAAGCAGAGGCAACCCAAGUCCAGAACAUAAAAUCACUAAAAAAUACUGUACAAUGCAAAAAAUAAAAAAUAAAAGUCAUUAAAGAAUAAGAGCACAAAAUGAAUAAAUAAAGUUUGAAGAAAAAUUAAUUUAUGUUAAGUCCACUCACCUGCCAAUCAAAAUGAUACACCCUAACAUGCAUCAAUUUGAGCUAAUUUGAACAACAACAAAAAAAAACUUCCAUAUUCAAUUUAAAAGGUUUUUUUUUACCCAAGAAUUGGGAAAAAAUUUACUUUUUUGGAAUUAAUGGGAAAUUGCUUAGUUUGAAACCAGCCUCCAGUGGCCAUUUGAGGAACUGCAAUCUUUAGUCCUUCCAGGAAGCAGGUUUUGUGAUCAUGAUGACUUGAUACAAACUAAAGCCUCUCAAAGCUGUGCUGUGAAAUUCAAGCUCAACACUUAAAACAAGUUUCCUUAAAAUGUAUUGCACCUUCCUGAUUCAUUUUGCUUAGUCAUUUCUGAUUUACGUCAAAGCAAAAAAAA